GUGCUGUGAGAGAGGGAGAGCCCUGUUUAGGGAAUGGGACAUCCCUGAUUAGGGGGCGGGGCUUCCCUGAUGAGGGGUCCUAUAAAGGCAUCCAAACAGUUAGCCAGCAGCAUAAGAGUCAGUAAACAGCUGUAAACGGGAGUUUGGAAGAGUACGGGGGAGUGUGUGGUGUUCCAGUUUUGUUUUGGUGUUUGUUGGCGGUUUUGGUUUUGGAUUGGUUUUUUGCUUGACAGGAGCUUAGGCGGGAAGAUUAUGACAGACACAGAGGCAGCAGUGGUAGUGACCCAAGCAAUGGAAGACACAAUGAAGAUGACUGGAUAUGGAAGCUGCAGGAUGUACAUUAUCCUGGAGCGUGUACCUGAAAAAAGCUUUGGUGGUAUGAAGUGCCACCUGAUGGAACUGAUGUAAGAGAAGAUCUGAGGUUUGGAGAUGCAGGUGGAAACUAUGGUUAAGUUUCUACGGGGAUUUGAGCAGAUGAUGGAGGGAAGGCAAGAGGAGGCUGAAGGGAAAAGCUGAGACUCGCAGAUGAAAGCUGGACUGAAGAACUUGGAGGGGAGAUUGCUGGGCGAGGAAAGUAGCAAGGGGAAGCAUGUGACUACAAGAACCAGGCAGAGGAAAAGACCAACUAGUGAAGGAGAAAUAGAGCUCAGGAACAGGUUUGCCGAGUUGGAGAAAGAAGAAAGGGCACAGCAGGCUGUAACUGAAGGUGGGAGGGCAAGGAAGAAGAGAAGAGUGACUAGUCCUAUAAGAAGAGGGGAAGAGCCAAUGGAGAUCUCCUGAGGCUCUGAACUCAGGGUGAUACAGAAUGACUCACAGAAGUUUUCAAGGGAGAAUAAAAGACAAGAGGACUUGCAGCCAGAAAGAACACAAGAAAGGCCAGAGAAUCGCACCAGCACCAGGAAGAGGCCAGUCUACAUGACUGGGGACUCCCUAUUAAGAAGGACAGACAGGCCUGUCACCAGAGCUGUUCUGGAGAACAGAAAGGUGUGCUGUCUGGCGAGAAUUAAGAUACGGGAUGUUGUGCUGAGGUUGAAGAAAAACCUAAUGGGAGCAAGGAAGAAUCCACUGAUUCCCCCUCACAUGGGAACAAAUGAUAUAGCUAGACUCUCACUGGAAUGUAUCAAGGGAGACUAUGCCAGGCUGGGGAAGACGCUUAAAAAAAUGGAUGCUCAAGUGAUCUUUAAUGGGAUUCUACCUGUCCCUAGAGGAGGAGGACGAAGAGCUCAAGAGGAAAACGUGACUAUGAUGUUUGCCUACGGUAUGGAUAAUAGCAAAGGUUCUUUUGUUAUCCCAACAGUCCUGCUACCAUUACAGAACAACAGCCGCUCUGAAACCUCUAUGUCUCUGGCAAGCCAUAAGAUGACAGACGUAUCCAUGGAAUACAGAGCCAAGAGGAACAGUACUGUCUUGCAGUAUGAACUGAGACCAGGGGAAAUAGUAGCAGCCAGCACGGUUUUUGGAGCAUUAUGGCUGUUCUCUGUCUUUGGAAAUUCCCUCGUUUGCUUAGUGAUCCACCGGAGCAGGAGGACUCAGUCUACCACCAACUACUUUGUGGUCUCCAUGGCUUGUGCCGAUCUCCUCAUUAGCAUGACGAGUGCUCCGUUUGUGCUGCUCCAGUUUACAUUUGGCAGGUGGACACUUGGGAGCGUUAUGUGCAAGCUAGUGAGAUAUUUUCAGUAUCUCACUCCCGGUGUCCAGAUCUACGUGCUGCUGUCUAUCUGCGUAGAUAGGUUCUACACAAUUGUCUAUCCUCUGAGUUUCAAAGUGUCCAGAGAAAAAGCCAAGAAAAUGAUUGCAGCAUCUUGGAUCUUUGAUGCCGCUUUUGUGUCCCCAGCUUUCUAUUUCUAUGGCUCCAGCUGGGACAACCAUUGCAACUUUUUUCUCCCCUAUUCUUGGGAUGGAGCUGUCUACAGCACCAUCCAUCUUUUGGUGAGUUUUUUGAUUCCAUCCAUUUUCAUCAUCCUAUUUUACCAAAAGGUCAUCAAAUACAUUUGGAGGAUAGGAACUGAUGGCAGAACAGUCAGGCGGACCAUGAAUAUAGUCCCAAGGACAAAAGUGAAAACCAUCAAGAUGUUCCUGAUGUUAAAUUUAGUAUUUCUGCUAUCAUGGCUCCCUUUUUACGUGGUACAGCUGUGGCACCCACAGGAGACAGACUACAGAAAGAGUUCUUUGGUUUUCAUGACUAUCACUUGGAUAUCCUUUAGUUCGUCAGCCUCUAAGCCCAUCCUGUACUCAGUGUAUAAUGCAAACUUCAGAAAAGGGAUGAAAGAAACAUUUUGCAUGUCCUCCAUGAAAUGCUACCGAAGCAAUGCAUACACCAUCACCACCAGUUCAAGGAUAGCCAAAAAAAAUUACGUUGGAAUCUCAGAAAUCCCUGCCCCAACCAAAACUGUAACCAAAGACUCAAUCUAUGAUUCAUUUGACAGAGAAGCAAAGGAAAAAAAGCUUGCUUGGCCUAUUAAUUCGAACCCACCAAAUACAUUUGUCUAAUUGAUUUGAAUAAUUAUUAUGCACCACUAGGUCUCUUUUUUGAAAAGACAUAUAUUUACAUAUUUUUGCAUACAAUUUAAAGGGAGACAAAAUAUGCUUUAUUUUAUGAAAUGCAUUGAUUUUCUUGUAUACAGUAUUUUUUUUAAUUUUAGUUACAUUCUGCUUUUUGGAACAAUUAUCCUAGAACCAUGAACAGUCUUUUCAAAAAUCUCAUACUACCUAUAUGUAAAUAAAAUAAAAACUGCUUUUUACUACUGCAUGUUGACCACUCUGUAUAAACGCUUGAAGCCACCCAAGUCCAUAUAGACUACCUUUUGGUUACUAUCCUAAUGAGAUGUUGUUGGAGUGUGUUUUUUCUCUUUGUGGGUGAGAUCUUAGGAAGUGUUCAGCUUAGCUUAACUUUGCUUUAAUGGUAAAACUCAUACUGACUUCAAGAGUAGAGUUAGCCCAGUGCUAAAUGCUUUUGAAUAUCCCCCUGCCUGUAUCUAAAGGGCUCCUGUUGCUUUUCAUGCCUUAGAAAAAUCUCUCUUUUGUCUUGGGUGCAUUGGCUUCUUAAUAUUUCUAUGAGACAUUUCCUCCCAUCACACACCCACAUGUUGGGCUAUGAAAGAAAGGCAAUCCAAGGUCCGCAUCCUUCAAACACUUACACGGGUGAGUGACUUUGCACAUGAGACUAGUAUCGUUGAGUUCAAUGGAACUGCUCACAUGUGUAAAGUUACUCAUGGAUCAGGGCUCAAGCACCAUGUGUUCCAGGGGAAUUAGCAUUUGGAUCAAGGUUUUGAAUAAGUAAAACCAAAACUAAAAACAGAAAUUCAGUGCAUAUUAGUGCAAUAAAUUUGCGUCAGGAGGUGGGGCCAGAGUGUGGGUUUUUAUUAUAUCUUUGUGCAGCAGCUUACACAAUGGGGUCCAGUCCCUAGCUGGAGUCUCUAGGUCCUACCGUGAUGCAAAUUAUUAUUAGAGAGACUAAAUUGCCAGACCCAAGCAUCCAUGGUGUUCACUGGAGGUGUUUUAAAAGCAAAUUCCAUCACUCAAAUAUGUUUUAUAAGUAUGUGUUGUCCUAAAAGCUUUGUACACAUUCUGAGUGGGAAAGGAAUUGUUCUGAUGCCUCAGAAACCCUUUCCUUCUCUCUGUCAAGUCUUGACCCCCUGCUACCAAAGAAGGAGGAAGAGGGAUGAAUAACAGGUCAGGGUCAAUGACACUUCUAGGAUCAGAGGAUGUCACUAGAGAAUGAUGCAACGUGCUUCUGUCCAUCCUGUUUUUUACACACACACACACACACACACCCCUGCUUUCUGAAUAGUUUUCCCAGGAUCAUGAAGCCCAAGACUGAACUUGACUCCCCUGACAUUUUGGCUCACAUUAAAAAUGAUCCCUGCAUAUCUAUGACUCAUAGUGAUGAAAAACAGGCUAGCAUCCUUCAUCAUAUAUAAGAGUAUCAGCUUCCAUAGCCCUAUUAUAAUAAUACACACUUCUACAGCACCUUUCAUCCAAGGAUGCAAAAAUGCUUUGCACAAGAGGCUUACAAAUAUUAUUCUCAUUUUAUAAGUGGGGAAAACUAAGGCAAAGAAUACAUUUGAAGUUACUGACUGCAAGUAAUUGGAAAAACUGGAAAGAAACCCACAUUUCUUUGCUCCCUGUUCCCUGCUCUAACCACUAGACUUGCUGGCUCCCUGGCAAAUAUGACAUUGUCGAGAUACUUGAGCUAUAUAGGUUACAUUGUCAGCCCUGUGUCCAUUUCAGGAAUGUUAUAAUGUCUGCAAAGGCAUUCAGUGUAGCUUGUAGUACCUCAGAUAUAACAACUCUGCAUUGCAUUUGCCCUCUGAUAGACCUAGAGACUGCAGUUCUGGAAACCUUUACUCUGAUGUGAUUUGAAGGACAUUAACAUCGACUGCUACAUUUGUUAUCAAUCCUUAUUGCACCUGCCAAUCUGUAUAACAGAUUUAGACUGCAUUCCCCUCCUGCUCAGGACUACAGCCACUUGCUGAUGAACAGAGAGGAAGGGCCAUGGCCAGGCUUCCCAUCCACUUCCAAGGAUAUAGUGCUUCCAGUAGCAUAAGCACUCCAUCACCUUGCACUCAGGGAAUAAUGGCUGCCAGCUGGUGGCUGCUUCCUGGGUGAGAGGACCGAGAAGGGACUCCCAUAUCCACUCUCCAUGCCCGUGCACCCACACAGAGAUAGACUCACUAUGGAGAACGUGUACUAACAUGUACCUAAUAGACAUCUUGGAAGAGACAAAUUGGCAUGUAGACUUUUUCACUGACAAUAAACAUGGCUUCGGCUCAUAUUUAUGUACAAGCACAAAACAGAAGACUUUCAGGUUUGUGUGAUGGGGUGUAUUAGCCCCACACUGGUGCAGCAGGAUUUAACCCUUCUCUCUUGACUGAGGAGGCCACACCCCCUCGGUUCUGCUGAGCAUGUUCCAGCUGGAGACAGGAUAUAAACGGCAGCAGAGCAGCUCAGUCUGGGCUGACUACCGGUGAGGAAGGUGCUGCGCUGUGCUGUACUGUGCUGCGCUGCGCUGCGCUGCGCUGCUGACUCCUUGGGGAGGAAUGCCUGUACUCCAGGAUAUGAAGGCCAGCCAGACGGAGAUGGACCUGACACACAGGCUUGGGACACCACAGAGAGGGGUGAGACCGUGGAGACCCGGACAUGGCAAACUGCAGAGAAUCAGGUAGGAAGUGACCCAGGGAAACGUUUCGCUUUUCACCUACACUAUUUAUUCUGGCUGCUGGGCUGCACUGCUCUGAUAGCAAGGGCCAUAUUGCUGACUCUGGCCACUAGGCUGUACUGCCCUGAUAGCAAGGGAUGGGCUACUGACUCUGGCCACUAGGCCACAUUGUCCUGCACACAAGGGCUGGGCUACUGGCUAAGGCCACAGGGCCACAGAGCCCUGAGAUCGGGGGCAGCCUUACAGACUAAGCUGCAGGGCUGUCACACACCUCUCUCCUGCCCCCAAAGGGUGACGGGGUGUAUCAGCUCCGCAACAAUUGGUGGCGAAAGCAGGCAACAAUCGGAACCUGCUAAAAGUCCCAAACCAGAUGGAUGGAGGCCAAGAAGCUUCUGAAAUGGUUACUAGAGGACCAACAGCAGACACAGCUGCUCCAGCAGCUCCCCUCCCAGCAACAGCUCCAGAUGGAGCAGCAGCAGGAGCAGCAGCACCAGCUCAUGCAAGAGUUGGCCACCCAACCACAUGUGCAGCAGGAACAUCUAGUCCAACGAUGGCAUCACUGUUGUGUCCCCCCUCCCCCGCCAACACACACACACCUGAACCCUUCCCCUAUCCCGGCAGGAGCAGAGACAGGGGACAGUCUGACAGGGAUUCUGGUACGCCUGACAAAGAUGGGACCCAGUGAUGACCCAGAGGUGUUCCUCAUGACCUUUGAGCAGGUCGCCACUGCUGCCCAGUGGCCACCCAAACACUGGGCCACGCUUCUGGCCCCUUACUUAACUGGCCCAGCACAGGCCGCAUAAAGGAACCUCGAUCUUCAGGAGGCGCUAGAAUACUCUAAGGUCAAGGCAGCUAUCCUGGACCAAACAGCUAUCAACCCCAAAACAUAGUGUCAGUGACCAUUCAUCCGCUAUGAAUGGUACCUGCCAGGGGCCAGACCCAGAGCUGUGGCACAAUGACUCUGGGAUAACUGUUGGUGAUGGCUUGAAUUGGAACAAUGGACUGGGGUCCAAGUGGCCAAAGCUGUGGCCCUGGAACAAUUCAUCCAGAUCCUGCCUGCUGCGGGGGAAAGAGUGGGUGCAACAAAAUCGCCUGGCAACUUUCGCUGAAGCAG